CCCGCCGCAGAAACUUGAACAGGACGUUAGUGCCACCGAUCGAGAGGAGCUGUGUCCCGGGGCCGAGGAGAGCCGAGCUGCCAGCUCCCGCGGAAAAGCGGACACGAGACAAGACGGAUUCCGGGCUGGAGUGACUCAAGAAUUUCUGUCAUCGGAAAGGCUUCGGGAGUGGAACUAUUACUGAACUUAAGGAAAAAGCAGUGCUUCUUGUGUGGGCAGCGCCUCAGAAGAGUGGGAUUGAUGCUUAGUCAGUUUUCGCACUCAGCCUACAGGGCCUUGUGGUAAAAGGAAGGAGCAGGGUGAAACCAAAAAGGUGUGUUCCUGUGGCAUCCUUGAAAUUGUUUCUUAGACGCUACUCCAUGAUUUAACUUGAAAUUCUGAAAUGAAGAUGGAGGAGGCAGUGGGAAAAGUGGAAGAACUCAUUGAGUCUGAAGUCCCACCCAAAACCUCUGAACAUGAGGCAGCCAAGGAGGAAGAUGGAUCUGUAGAGCUGGUACCUCAAGUUCCAAAAGAUGGAGUAACUGAUUCUACAGUUCUUUCUUCCAUGCCCUGCUUGUUGAUGGAACUGAGAAGGGACUCUUCCGAGUCUCAGUUAGCAUCUACUGAGAGUGACAAGCCGACAACUGGCCGAGUUUAUGAGAGUGACUCCUCUAAUCAUUGCAUGCUUUCCCCUUCCUCUAGUGGUCACCUGGCUGACUCAGAUACACUGUCUUCUGCAGAAGAGCAUGAACCCUCUCAAGUAGAGACAGCAGUUGAAGGAGAUUCUUCUGGAGUGUCUGGGGCCAUAGUUGGGCGCAAGUCUAGGCGGUCCCGUUCUGAAAGUGAAACAUCUACUAUGGCUGCCAAGAAAAACCGGCAAUCCAGCGAUAAGCAGAAUGGCCGAGUCACCAAGGUUAAAGGUCACCGGAGCCAAAAGCACAAGGAGAGGAUCAGACUACUGAGGCAGAAGCGGGAGGCUGCUGCAAGGAAGAAGUACAACCUGCUGCAGGAUAGCAGUACCAGCGACAGCGACCUCACUUGUGACUCGAGCUCGAGCUCAUCAGAUGAGGGUGAAGAAGAGGUUUCAGGGAGCAGCAAGACAAUCACUGCAGAGAUACCAGAUGGACCUCCAGUUGUAGCUCAUUAUGAUAUGUCUGACACCAGCUCUGACCCAGAAGUGGUAAAUGUGGACAAUUUAUUGGCGGCUGCAGUAGUUCAAGAACACAGUAAUUCUGUAGGCGGCCAGAACCCAGGAGCUACCUGGAGGACCAGCGGGCUUCUAGAGGAGCAGGAUGCAGAGGCAGGCCAUUUGGAUCCAGGAUUCCUAGCCCGUGACAAAACAUCUGCUGGCACUGCACCGCUUAAUGAAGAAAUUAACAUUGCCUCUUCAGAUAGCGAAGUAGAGAUUGUGGGUGUUCAGGAACAUGCAAGGUGUGUUCACCCCCGAGGAGGCGUGAUUCAGAGUGUCUCUUCGUGGAAGCAUGGCUCUGGCACACAGUAUGUUGGCACCCGGCAAACACAGUCAUGGACUGCUGUGACUCCCCAGCAAACUUGGGCUUCACCAGCAGAAGUAGUCGAUCUUACUUUGGAUGAAGAUAGCAGACGUAAAUACCUACUGUAAAACAGCGUCACUGUGUUUUCUCUGCACUGUUCCCUUCCACUUCCCCUUCCUUGUGACAUGGAAGUUCAUUGUCAUAGCUUCAGCUUCAGAAGCUGUUUGUGGCAUUUGUGGAAUUGAAAAACUCAUUGUAGCCUCCCUCUUAUUUUUGUUAAAAGAAUUCACUUAGGAAAAUAAUUGAUCACAGAGAAAAUAAUGUCUUUUUUUUUUUUUUCCUCAGUAAGCAUAGGAGAAUGAUGGAUUUUGUUAGAAAACUUAAUUUUUCUUAGUGACUUUUAAUCUUAAGAAAGUCACCUUCUGUUUAAAGUAAUAUUUCACUUACCAGGCAGAAUGGAUCUCAGUUUUUGAAUUUUGUAUUUAUUUUUCUUUUUAAUGAGAUUAAUAUUUAGACAUGACCACUAUCUACCCACUUCAUUGUCACUCCCACUUCAGGGUGUUUACACACAUAUCAGUUAGUCCUUGUUGGCACCUGGUAGGGCAUAUGAAUUUAAAAACAAAAAAAUGAAAAAAACCAAAAACGCUUGUCCUGUUUAAAAAAAAAAAAAAUAGAAGACAGAAGCCAGCUAGGUGGCUCAUUCC